AAACCCUCCCAAAAAAAACAAAAAGAAAAACCCUCAUAUCCGUUUCUCUCUCCUCUUCACCUUACCUUCUUCACUAUUGUUGUGAGCGAAGUACGACGAGUGACGUCAGCAACCAUGGAGACAUCACUACGAUAUGGCGGUGAUUCCAAAUCUCUCAGAAUGCAUGCCAAGCAAAGGCUCCUCAUUGACCCCGACACUUUCUUGCAGGUUCAUGGAGAGUUAGAUACAAGAUACGGGUCACCAAACUAUUUCUGUGCAAUGUUGAGGCGCUUCUAUAAUCAACCACAGCUGGCUUCCAGUUUUGGCUUGGGAGUGCAAUUUGAUAAGCAUGAGAAGCUUGGAUACAUUGUUCGUGGUAAAAUGGCAUUCCCUGUGACAUCUAAUGACUCGAUUAGCUUUAACGUCAAGGGGCGAUGCGAGAUUGACAAAGAGUUUAAGCAGAAGCGGGCAAGGGGAGGCGCUGAAUUCACCUGGAGCAUCUUCAAUUUUCAAAAGGAACAAGAUAUGAGGUUCAAGGUUGGGUAUGAGAUCAAUGACAAGGUACCAUACGUGCAGUUCAGAGAAAAUAACUGGACUGUGAAUGCUGAUGCGAAGGGCAGGUGGAAUAUAAGAUAUGAUUUGUGAGAAAGGAUGAUAGGUCAUCAUCAUCUAUAUAACUUUUUUUGGAGGUUAGAUUAUCAUAUAGACACCGAGUAGCACGUUUUCAUAUGUUAAUCUGAUGGACAGCCAUUUUGCUGACCAUAUUCAUUGAUGUGCUUAUAAUGCCUUACGAUGAUUCUACUUUUCUAAGUUAGUUAUUUAUUGAAAUGCUGCCCAUGUGAAUGUGUUUGUCUCA